GAUGGAGAUGAUGAUGAUGCCACCGGCGCCGCCUCCAAUGGCUAUGGCGGACUUUGGCGGACCUCCUGCCCCAGCGGAGUCUGCUUCUCUAGCAGAACCAGACCGUGUCCGCACCAACUUUGUGGAGACCUGGCUGUUCCAGACAGUCACCACCUGCUGCGAGUGUUCAGGCCAUUCUUUGUGACUUUGAACCUUCCUUACUCCGUGAUCAAUGGUGAGCAGCUGGCCCUGCAGGCUAUUGUGUUCAACUAUCUCAACGACGAUGCUCAGGUUCGUGUGACUCUGGCUCAGUCUAAGAGCUUCUCUGUGCUGGCUGAGGAACACGGACUGGAGGUGUUGAAGCAGGAGGACACUGUGCAAGACGUGCUGAUUAAAGCAGGAGAGGGGAUGUCUGUGUUUUUCCCAAUCGUCCCUCACGAACUCGGCAAGAUCGACAUAGAGGUGAAGGCACAGACCACACGCGCUGCCGACGCCGUGAGGAAACAGCUUCUCGUGGAGCCCGAGGGAGUCGCCAAGGAGUUCAACAUCCCAGUCCUGGUGGAGCUGACCAAAGAAACGCCGUCGUUCACCAAGAUCGUGGAUUUGUCCAUGCCGCCCAAUGUCGUGCCUGGCUCGGAGCUGAUGAGAAUCUCUGCUGUCGGUGACCUGAUGGGACCUAGCAUUGCCGGACUUGACGCUCUACUGCGCAUGCCCACCGGAUGUGGCGAGCAGACCCUCCUGGGCCUGGCCCCGGAUGUAUACAUCACAGACUACCUGAGCGCCGUGAACAAACUGCACGGAGACAUUGCCGACAAGGCCCUGAGCUUCAUGGAGAGCGGCUACCAGCGUGAGCUGACCUACAAACACGACGACCACUCUUUCAGCGCCUUCGGGAACAACGACCCCUCUGGAAGCAUGUGGGCAAGGCCGGCAGCGGUACAGCUCUGUCACUAUUUGUUUUCAUUGCCUUGUUGGAAAAUCAAGAUCUCUUCAAAACUGGGUCUUACGCCACCAAGUUCCAGUCUGCCCGCACCAAUGCCCUUGCCUACCUGGAGACCCAGAUGGAGCACGACGAUGACCUCUACAACCUGGCCCUGGCUUCCUACGCCUUCACACUGGCGGGAAGUAGCAAGGCCCAGGAUAUCAUUACCAGACUGAACCAUGAGGCCACGGAGGAGGAUCGGCACGGACGACAUGUGUCUGACCUUGACCGCCGAGAGGUCAGGAAUGGUGGCCAAGUGCAAGAAAGCACCCGUCGUCGUCUACGACUACUAUGAGCCAA